GUGAGAUUUUUGGAAGGAAACGAAGGGCGAAGACGACGACAAUGGCGGCCGCGCUGAGACCGGCGAUCCUCCGACACCUACGCAUCCCCGUCCAAACCCAAACCCUAGAUCGCUACCGACCCCUCCUCCUCUCGCCCUUCGACCCCCUCCGCUUCUCUCCGCUCCGAUCCAUGUCCUCCCAUGGCGACGAGCACCUCACGAAGGAGGAGGUCGUGGAGCGCGUCCUCGACGUCGUCAAGAGCUUCCCCAAGGUCGACCCCUCCAAGGUGACCCCCGAGGUCCACUUCCAGAGGGAUCUGGGACUGGAUAGCUUGGACAACGUGGAGAUCGUCGUGGCGCUGGAGGAGGAGUUCAAGCUCGAGAUCCCCGACAAGGAGGCCGUGCUGAUCGACUCCUGUGACCUCGCCAUCGAGUACGUCGCGAAUCACCCCAUGGCGGCUUGAUCCCGAAAUCGAGAACGAUGGGUGCGUUUUCGUUUUCCUUGUAAUUUGUUUCAUCUCCUUUUGUUAGGACUCGAUGAUCUUCGUGUUUACCAGGUCCUCUUUUCCGAGAAUUGAACCUUGGAAUGGAUCGAAAAUAACCACCUUAUUUACAGAACAAAAGCGCUUGAAGCUGUAGAAUUGCAUAAAGUUUGAAUUUUUGCAACAGUACUGUGAUGUUGAUCUUAGUUUGCGGCAUCAAUGUGGGAUUUGUUGUUGUUGUUGUCUCU